CUAUGAAUUUGCAUACCCACCCAUCCAUUUAUUUUUCUAACCUCUUCUAUAGUGGUCAUAAAGAAAAUAUAAAUAUAUUUUGCCCUUUCAAGUAUUUAUUAUAACAUCUAAUUAAAAAGAUAGAUAAAAUAUGGCAGAGGAAUUUACAAAAGAGGAACUAGUUUUACCACCGUGUAAAUAUGAAUAUUUGGAUCAUACAGCUGACGUACAGUUACACGCUUGGGGAAACAGUUUAAAAGAAGCCUUCGAACAAUGUGGACUCGCAAUGUUUGGAUACAUGACAGAGAUAGAUACUGUGGAGAUAAAACAGUGCUCUGAAAUUGAGGCCACAGGUAGCGAUUUGGAAAAUUUACUAUUUCACUAUCUUGACGAAUUGCUAUUCUUGUUUAGUUGUGAACCGUUUUUAAUCUGUAGUAAACUGACUAUUACCGAGUUCGUAACCGAAGGUGAAGAAAUGAGGAUAAAGUGUAAAUGUUACGGGGAAGAGUUUGUGAUAGGAAAGCACCCACAGGGUACUGAAGUUAAAGCUAUUACGUACUCAGCCAUGCAGAUCGUCAACGAACCUGAAAAAAAUCAAUUUGAAGUUUUCGUUAUUAUAGACAUAUAAAUUAUAUAAAAGUCAGCGUGUAGUGUGUAUAUUGCUUAUUUUUUAAUAUAGUUUCAUAAAUAACGUCAAAUAUACUUUCAUGAUAUAGACUGAUUAAUAAGUUGUAAACCAAUUGUGAAUUUUAUAUGAAAUAAUAACAUGUAAUAAAUUUAUUUAUUUAAU